GCUAGAGCAGCCUUCUUCCUGCUCCAGCUGCAUCUGUUUGCCAGCCCAGAGGGAACUGUGUGUGUGUGUGAGUGAGUGAGAGAAGCAGGCUCCUGGGGAGAAAGCACACAGCUUGCUUUCCACUAACUGGAUAUACUCACCUCUUUUCUUAUAGGGUUCAGCAGUAUUUGUUUUCGUUUGAUUUAACCAACAUCUUGCUGCUAACCUUGGAUGCAGCUGUUUGUAUGACAGCAGAGAGGGGUGUGUAAUGAUGAGAUUGCCUGUUUUUUGUUGUUGAUUCAGCAUCUCUUUCAUGGGAGGGAGUGCAGAAUCAAUCUGAGAUCACUGUGUGAAUAUGUGAGAGAGUGUGUGUGAGUGUGUGCGUGUGUGUGAGAGAGAGAGAGAGAGGGCGUGUGUGUAUGUGCCUGCGUGCCCGUACGUGCGUUAGUGAGAGCCCGGGAGGAAGGAUGGCUGCUCAUGUCUGAACUGCCUCCAUGCUCGCAGGGAAAGGGAAAAGUCAGGGGAGAAAACAGCAGGAGGAGGGGAACAGACGCGGUGCUCUCUUCUCACUGGGGAAGGAUUCUGUCCAUCAUUUGGUAGGAAAGCUAAUCAAAGGGAUUUGGCAAUGCCUGCAGAGGUGAAAGAGGAGCAGAUCCCUGAGGGGCCCUCGUCUCUGUCGGCUAUAACCCUGGAGACCAAGGAAUCACAUGUGGAGCCUGCAGACGAUGACCUGAACACACCCACCUCCAACUCCUCUGUUGUCACCUCCACCAAUGGCAGCUCCACUGCAGAGACAGAGGCACCACAACACACAGAGGACCCCAAGGCUGUGGAACUGGCGAAUGACCAGGCAGACACUCCGAACACCCCAGACACACCCACCCCCCAGCUUCCCCCGGUUUCCCAGGUUCCCAUGUGUCCAGACAACCCAUCUCUGCAGCCCAGCCCCCCUGACCAACGUCCAACACUCCUCUGAGUCCCUCACCCCCCUUAUCACAACCACUGCUACCAUCACCACUCUCCCCCCUCCCUACAACAACACCGACCGUGAUCCCAACACAGAGAUCCCUGAGAGGCAGAAAAACAUCUACACCCUCCCUGACCCUCCCUUUCCUGGCCUUGGAAGUGAUAUGUGUUCUGGGUAUGGCAGCCUGUCUCGAGGAGGUGUCCACCACAGCUCCCUCCACACCUACUGGCCCUCCAGGAACUACCAGACCCAGCCCGGAGGCCACUACACCCUGCCCCUACCCAGGGACAACUACGGCCAGGUGUGCCUGACUAACCAGACCGAGGGGGAACUACCAGGGGACGCCCAGGAUGUAAAGGCUGACUACCCCACCUCCAGCUACGCCACCCUGGGGGGAAUCCACUAUCUCAGACCCAUCACUACCAUGGAGCUCCUGAUGGAGCCUUCCAGAACCAGAGGGGGAUACGAGGAGGCCCUCAUGUCCCAGGUGGAUGGGGACCCCACCUCCUUCUUCCAGGCCAUGUCCAGGGCCCAGAUGCUACAGUUCCCCCACAAGCGCUGCAGCAUGGUCAGCCUGGACAGCAUCCGUAAGGACCCCCGCUGGAGGGACCCCAACCUGAAGGAGGUCAUCACCAUGCUCAGCCACCCCAUGGACCCGGUCAAGUCCAACGCCGCCGCCUACUUGCAGCACCUGUGCUACGAGAACGACCACAUAAAGCAGGACGUCAGACAGCUGAAGGGGGUUCCAGUACUGGUGGGCCUCCUGGACCACCCUAAAGCCGAGGUCCACCGCAAGGCCUGUGGAGCCCUGAGGAACAUCUCCUACGGGAAAGACCACCACAACAAGGUGGCCAUCAAGAACUGUGACGGCAUCCCGGCCCUGGUCAGACUGCUGAGAAAGUCCAGUAACAUGGAGGUCAGAGAGCUGGUCACAGGGACCCUGUGGAACCUCUCCUCCCAUGAGCCUCUGAAGAUGAUGAUCAUCAACCACGGGCUCCAGACGCUGACUGAUGAGGUCAUCAUCCCCCACUCUGGCUGGAGGAGAGACCCUACUGAGCACUCCAGACCCCAGGAGACAGAGUGGACCACUGUGUUCAAGAACACCUCAGGAUGUCUCAGGAACGUGAGCUCAGAUGGGGCAGAGGCUCGCCAGAGACUGAGGGAGUGUGAGGGGCUGGUGGACGCACUCCUCCAUGCCCUUCAGUCAGCUGUCGCACACAAGGAGACCGACAAUAAGUCGGUAGAGAACUGUGUCUGCAUCCUGAGAAACCUCUCCUACCACGUCCACAAAGAUGUGCCGGGGGCGGAGAGAUUUCAGGAAGCCGUGGCCAAUCAGGUGCCAGGGUUAGGAGGGAACCAGAAGAAAAAGAAGGAGGCAGACUGUUUUGGAGGGAAGAAGCCGAAGGAGGAGUGGUUCAGUCAAAGCUGGAGAAAUGGACCAAGUGAUAAAAAAUAUGGUACUCUGGAUUUACCCAAACGCACAGAACCAAUGAAAGGUCUGGAGCUGCUUUACCAGCCAGAGGUUGUGAGGCUGUACCUGUCUCUCCUCACUUGCAGUCAGAACCACAACACCCUGGAGGCAGCAGCCGGAGCGCUGCAGAACCUCGCUGCAAGACACUGGGCUUGGUCCAGUUACAUCCGGGCCACAGUGAGGAAGGAGAAAGGUCUGCCUGUCCUGGUGGAGCUACUGCGUUCAGAUGGUGAUAAAGUGGUCCGGGCUGUAGCUAUUGCUCUCCGCAACCUGGCCAUAGAUCGCCGCAACAAAGACCUCAUAGGGAGUUAUGCCAUGAGGGACCUGGUCAGUAACCUGCCCUGUGGUCAGCAGAGGCCAGCCAAGAACCUGGAAGGGGACACAGUGGUGGCCAUUCUGAACACUAUCCAUGAGAUCAUCUCAGACAGCCCAGAGAACGCCCGCGGUCUCAUACAGGGCCACGCCAUCCAGAAACUGGUAGCCAUCAACAAGACAAGCCAAUCUGGGAGAGAGACCAAAGCAGCAUCUCAUGUCCUGCAGACAGUGUGGGCUUACAAGGACCUAAGAAACAGUCUCUACAAGGGAGGCUGGAACAAGAGCCACUUUAAGCCAACAACUAGUGGAAUGUCCAAAAAACCCAAGAGCGGCAAGUCAGGCUAUGAUGACAUCACACUGCCUCUGAUGGAGAAAAAUCAAGAUGGAUACUCCACUGUGGAGCAGGGGGACAGAGUGGGUGAUGGGCCAGGCCACAUGAUGGAGAGAGAGCCUCUCCAGAGUAUCCCAGAGAGGAAGCACUUCAUCCGGGCUGGAAGGCCUGCAGUGGGCCUGGUGGAGCGCAAACCUCCACCCCUCGACUCCUGGGUCUGAGACUGGAGAUGUGCUGGUAAAAGAGGAAGUGAAACGUUUGUGGAGGUCAUUGUGGUGUUUAUUCUUUAGAUGGACAUUCUGUAGGUCAACUCACCAUUUAGGACAACAUGGUUAUUCUCCCCCCAGCAAAUCAGAAUGGAGUGAAUAUGGACUUGCAUUUACAUUUUCAAUGUGAAAUUCUGACUGUAGUUGAUCAGAGCCUCUCCUACUUAGAAAAUAAAUAAAUGUGCACAUACCGGACAGCGGGAUGAGUGGAGUGACACAGCUGAAUGUAGGCCAGGAAGUUAGGAUUUGUCAAAACAUUUUUGUUUUAUUUACCUGACCUGCCCUACUCUAGAAGGAACAUGCUGUAUUGUUUUACUCCUGCAAGGUGUGCAUCCGUUUUAUGUGAGAGACUAGUUGGAAAUGGGAUUGUACAUGUGUAAUAAAAGAUUGUUAAUAUUCUAAAUGAAGGCAUUUAUAUUGUAAUAUUCAUUGUAAUAUUCAUGUUAUUUAUUAACAGUUGUGAACGUUAGCUUGGAACCACAAAUACAAUGGAUACCUCCAUAUAAUAAUAUACUAAGUAACAGUGCCAUUUUAUCAGGAGCUGACUCGAUGACUUUGCUUUAUGCAGUGUUUGUUCUUGCAUCGCGAUGUGAAAUUGAUAAUGUUAGCAAAUAAAAUCCAUAAUUUCUCAUUCAA